UCCUCUCGCAGGAGGGGGCCGACUUGGGGGAGGGACGGCAGUUUAGGGCCAAGGGUGCCACGUGACUCUCCCCCAGGAAUGCAGUGACGUCACAGGGGGCGUGGCCGUCCCCAAAAUUUGGGGAGGAAGGGAAGGAAAAAAAGCCAGAAAAACUUUCUUUCCUGGAGUCCCAAACGAGGUGCAGGACGGUAGAGGUAGUGCAGGCCAGAGACUCGGCCCAGACCGCUGUCUGAAGUUUCCCCGUUCUGGGCCAUGUCGGGGCCCACCUGGCUCCCCCCGAAGCAGCCAGAGCCUGCCAGAGUCCCUCAGGGGAGAGCGCUCCCCCGAGGCGCCCCGGGGCCGCCACCAGCCUCCGGAGCCGCACUCCAGCCCCAUCCGAGGGUCAAUUUUUGCCCCCUCCCAUCUGAGCAGUGUUACCAGGCCCCAGGGGUGCCAGAGGAUCGGGGGCCGGCCUGGGUGGAGUCCCAUGGAGUUCCCCAGCGGCCACAGGGGCUGCCCCCAGAAAGAGGGGGUCUGCGCCCAGGGAGUCUGGAUGCUGAGAUAGACUUGCUGACCAGCAUGCUGGCUGAGCUCAACGGAGGUCGUGGUCACACACCUAGGAGACCAGACCGACAGGCUUAUGAACCCCCUCAGCCUCCUGCUUACCGCUCUGGCUCCUUGAAACUAAAUGGAGGUGGGGUUCCACCCCUGCCGCUCCCAGCAUCCCCCUAUGGGAGCCCCACUCCAGCCUCCUACGCUACUGCCAGCACCCCUGCUGGCCCGGCCUUCCCUGUGCAAGUGAAGGUGGCACAACCAGUGAGAGGCUGUGGCCCACCCAGGCGGGGGGCCUCUCAGGCUUCUGGGCCCCUCCCAGGCCCCCCCUUUCCUCUCCCAAGCCGAGGUGAAGCCUGGGGGGCUGGCUAUAGGAGCCAACGAGAGCCAGGGCCAGGGACUAAAGAGGAGGCGUCUGGUGUCUCUGGCCCUAGAGGAAGAGGAAGAGGAGGUGGACAUGGGCCCCAGGUCCCCCUGAGCCAGCCUCCUGAGGAGGAGCUGGAGAGGUUGACCAAAAAGCUGGUGCAUGACAUGAACCACCCGCCCAGUGGGGAUUACUUUGGCCGGUGUGGUGGCUGUGGAGAAGAUGUGGUCGGGGAUGGGGCUGGGGUUGUGGCCCUUGACCGUAUAUUCCAUGUUGGCUGCUUUGUGUGUUCUACGUGCCGGGCCCAGCUCCGGGGCCAGCAUUUCUACGCUGUGGAGAGGAGGGCAUAUUGUGAGAGCUGUUACGUGGCUACUCUGGAGAAAUGUGCCACAUGCUCCCAACCCAUACUGGACCGGAUCCUGCGGGCUAUGGGGAAGGCCUACCACCCUGGCUGUUUCACCUGUGUGGUGUGUCACCGUGGUCUUGACGGAAUCCCCUUCACAGUGGAUGCCACCAGCCAGAUCCAUUGCAUUGAGGACUUUCACAGGAAGUUUGCCCCACGAUGCUCAGUGUGCGGUGGGGCCAUCAUGCCUGAGCCAGGUCAGGAGGAGACUGUGAGAAUUGUUGCUCUGGAUCGCAGUUUUCACAUUGGCUGUUACAAAUGUGAGGAGUGUGGGCUGCUGCUUUCCUCUGAGGGCGAAUGUCAGGGCUGCUACCCGCUGGAUGGGCACAUUUUAUGCAAGGCUUGCAGUGCCUGGCGCAUCCAAGAGCUCUCAGCCACCGUCACCACUGACUGCUGAGUCUUACUGGAAGAAUCUGCUGCAUUCUCAGUUCCCAUCAUCACUCUCCCUUACAUCUACCUUUAUAACUUUGUCACCAAAUGUUGUCUUCUUUUUCCAAUCAUGAAAUAAUAAUUUCUCAAGAGUUUACAAA